AUGUACGUCAGUGACACCCGUGCAUUCGAACCUAUUAAAUCACUUGGACACGCCAAUUACCCCAGUUCCAAUGUUUUUGUAGUGAUAAUUAGUGAAGUGUUUGAAUGUCCUGAGGACUACCUCAUAAUGCCCCUUAAAAAGAUGUGAGGAGUAAUGAGUUGGUUCGACGCGUCAGGUUUCGCCAGUCUGGCAAAAUCAGCCCUGAAGGAGGCCCAGAAAACAAUAGACAAGGCCCUGGACAUAAAAGAAGAGGAGCAGAGAGCAGCUGGCGCAGCAGUGAUAAACGAAUCCAAUUUCUUCUCUGCAUGGGGCAUCAAGAGUGAAACAGAACUCCCCAGUGAUGCGGAGCUAGCCUCGACGAGUGGAAAAAACGACAGCAGCAUCUGGGGGAGUUUCACAGGGUCUUUCUUCGAGACUCCUGGAAAAGAUGGGGAAGGAAAAAUCCCGAGACGUUCAGAGUCGUUUGACGAUAAAUCCGAGUCUCCCUCCACUGCUAUUACACCCUCAAUGUCACUGCCAGACAGCCUGACUCGUAUGCAGUCCAGACUUGCAGCUAAAAUUCCUGACGAUCUUGAAACUCAACAGUUGAACCCACAAGCAGCUGUUGAGAAUCCCCAGAGGCCGGAGAAAUCUCCCAGACGAGAAAUCAACGAAUUAGAAUCAAAAAUCGUGUCGGACUCCUCAAGGAUAUCAGAAAAACGAGACUCCCUGACCCAGAAGAUAAACAGAAUAUCGAUAAUCUCGUCGGGAAGUGACAAAAGGAGUUCAGAGAGCGUUGAAAUUCUGGGAUCAAGAUCAGAAACCAACACAGACUGCACAACGACUCCAGAAUCCGAUCUGAUAUCCCCCAGUACGUCACUGAGUGCAUCAGCCAUCGAUGCAAAAAGAAACUCUGAUUCAGUGGAGGUCCUCCCAGAUAGUUCAGUGACAUCUCCAAGUUCAGUUGAAAUUCUGGAGGACAGAUCAAAGUCGGAAAGUUUUUUUCUCUCCAUCAGCCAAGAGAAAUCCCCAGAUGGAGGGACGACAUCGAUCGAGCCUGAUUCUGAUGUCACACAGGGGUCGGACGUCUCCUCGUCAGACAUAUCUCCAUAUGCAUCGCCCCUGGAGGAGACUAAAAUCCCUAGAAUCGAGGACAGCGAGAUUCCUGGGUCCCUUCCACAAACGAGGCUGAUGUCCCUCAGUGUUGAGAAGACAUCUUCUCCGAUCAAUGUCGAAGCGCCUCAGAGUGUUGAUGAGCUUGAUGAAAUCAGCCAGGCUGAGGACUCCUACACCUCUGCGUCAGAGAGCACGACUGUGAUGACGGUCCUAGAGACAAUUCAACAGCAGAUCGACCAGAGCAAAGGGAAAAUGUACGAGAGUGGGGAGAGCAAGCCCAUCUGCAUGGCUCCAGUGUCUUCCCAGUUAGAAUCUAAUUUGGAUUCGUUGAAGGAUGUCAAACAGAGUCUUCAUCUGGCUCUGGAGCCCAUCACAACUCAGCCAAUUAGAAAAUCCGAGUGUUUGGCUGAGAAGAUGGAGUCUUAUGAUCCUGAUAUCAUCAAGAGCACUACUAUUGAGCCUUCGGAGUUUGAUGAGACUUGCUCGGAGUAUGGGAGGGGCAGUUCUGAGACUGCUGGAACUCUCCUGACAGACUCCAGUUGCGAGGGGACACUUAUAGAAACUAGCUCCGAGGAGAUCCCGACGCUCAGGAAUACUCAGGAGGAGGAGGGCGAGGAGGCACCUUUGACUUCCAGCUCGUAUGUCAAGAAUAUGCUGGCUGACGCCAUGGUGGAGAAGGGGGAGAUCAUUGGGGGGCUAGAGGGCCGAGGGAUGGAGAUCCCGCCCAGGGAGAAUUCUCCCAUUUCGUCGGAGAGCCGUUCUGAUCUGGUGAAAAUCGGCUCUGAUCAUGCCAGUGGACAUACUAGUGGCGAUGAACUCGAAACUACGACUUCCAGUGACAUUGAAAUUAUUUCAAGUCCAAAUGGAGAUUCAAGUUCAACGCAAUCCCGUCAAUCCCCAGCGAAUCUCCACUGCAACAAAGCCAGUGAUCUCCUCACCAAAACCCUGAAAAUCCGAGGCCACUCUCGCGAGCUGAGUGAAAUAAGCAUCGGCUCGGACGCAGCAAGUCUAGAAAUCGAGAAGCUCCUAAAAAGAAUUCAAGAGAUGAAUGAAAUUCUCGAAGUAAGAGAAUCCAAACUGAUCGACGUGAGUCGUAUGAACAUGGAGCUGCACGAGCAGAACAAUCACCUGAAAAUUCAAUUGGAGUUCUGGGAGAAACGAGGCCAACAACACCAGGACUUGAACGUAAUAACCGACGAGUAUACCCAACGAAUGUCAGCACUGGAGAAGAAAUUUCAGCAGACAAUCAGAGAGCGCGAUCUACUUAAGGAUCAGCUGGAAACCCUGAAGAAGGAGAUGUCGAGUCAGUCGUCGUCGGCCAACGCCGAGAAAGAUGAGAUAAUAAACCAGUUGAGAGAAGAGGGCGAGAAGCUGAGUAAACAGCAGCUCCAGCACUCUAAUAUAAUAAAGAAAUUGCGAACAAAAGAGAAGGAGAAUGAGACAACACUGAAAACUCAGAAGGACCAUCUUGAGGAAUUAACGUCCGAAUUAGAACGACUUAAACGUUCGUUACAUGCUAAAGAGGAAGUUGAGCGCAGUCAAAUUGAAGCUGUGCACACGUUGACGGCGAGGGCCAAGAAGCAGGACAAGGACAUAACGAUGUUACAGGAGAAAUUAGACACGACAGUGCAGAAAAUGAAUGCCUACAAAAUGAGCUUGGAUGCUGCUAAAGCUGAAUUGACUGAGACCAAAAUCAAUUUCACCACUGUUGAGGAGGAGUUGAAGCAGGCGUUAGACAAUGCUGGUGAGUCCUGCAGGCUGGGAGCACAGGUGGAGGAUCUUAAAGCAAAACUACGUCAGACUGAGGAGAAUCAUGUGAGGAAGAUCGAAUCGAUCAAACUGGAGAAGAGUGAAUUAUUGAAGAGACUGGAGGCUGCUGAAACGAGGAGUGAAGAGCUCUCUGAAUCAGUGUCACUAGCCACUCAACCACUUCUUCGUCAACUCGAACAACUUCAGACAAACCUUGCGCACAAGUCGUCGGCUUACUUGAAGCAGGAGAAGAUAAUGUCAGAGAAGAUUGACGAGUUGCAGACCAAGUUAGACAGUACGAUCGCUACGGAUCGCUCGCUCAUGGAGGAGAAUUUGAAUUUGAAAUCCAAGGUAACGAGUUUGGAGUCGCAGGCAAAGCGCAAGGAUGUGGAAAAAACGAAAUUAGAAGAGACGUGUGAGGCUUUGAAAUUGGAGAGUGAAAAGUUGACGGUUGAGAUUGAAAGCCUUCGUGGGCAGAUUGGAAAUAUGGAAAAAACCCAUCAAGAGGAGGUGAGGGAAUUGAGGAGGGAGAUUGAAUCGCUGAGUGAUAAAUUGUCGGUGGAGAAGGCGGCGAUUGACGCGGAAAAGAGGAAGAAUAUUGUAUCGCUCGAGCAACAGCAGGGUGUGGGGGAGGAGGCGAGAAUGAGCCCCACUUCUAGCCUCAGGAGGGAUUCCAUUAGCAGCACGAAUAGCGUCUGGUUGGCGUUCAAUGAUUCCGUAUUUGAUACAAGCUCAGGACGUUUCCCGAAUGUUUACGAGGGUCUGAGAACAAGUACAAACACAACAUCGACUAUUGAAACCCUGCAGGCACAGUUGAAAGCACGUGAAGGUGAAAUACAGACUCUCCAGUGGGAGUUAUCGCGUAGAAACAAAGAACGAGACGCAUUGGAAAUGGAGCUAUCGAAUUUAUCGCAGAAAGUUGACGAACUAACUGCCAAAUUGACCGAAGUGGAGGCUUUGAAUGCCAAUUUAAAUGAAAUUCAAACUAGGUACGACGCUCUGUUGCAAAUGUAUGGGGAGAAGGUGGAGGAGACUGAGGAGUUGCGAUUGGACCUGGAGGACGUCAAGGACAUGUACAAAAGCCAGAUCGAUCAGCUGCUGAAAAGGGACACGUAGGUCUAGUCAGCAUCAAUUGGAACGAAGUGUCGAUAAACUUUAUGAUUGAAUCGGUAAAUUAGACAUUUUCUCGUUCACUUUUUCGAGUGACUGAGUUAAUGACAUUUCGAAUGAGUGCAAUAACAUGGCCUUCGCGUCGCAGGUCGGCUAGAGACGUGCAUUCCUCCUUGUGAAUAUUUAUUGCGAUUGAAUUUUUUCAAGUUUUUCAUGCGAAAUAUGCGUCUGCAUUGAGAUGAUAGAGAUAGAAAAAAGGGAUUUUAUUUCUUCUUGAGACUGAAAUAUGCGAGGAUAUCGUGGGGAUUCGGUUCAAAGGGAAUGCCUUGUGUGAACGUAUUUGUAAAUAGGUAUGACAUCAUUUAAAUAUGAAAUUUAUCGUGAGAAAAAGAUUAUCUACGGGCAAGUGCCAUUCUUGUACCAGUAUACGCGGAUUACCGCGUAUUUUAUCAUUUCAAAUCAGAGAAUCAUGUAAAGUUUUGGGAUAAUUAUACACGGUGAUAAUUAUUCAAGUCAUGUAAAUUUUUUUAGAAUAAUAAUUUUAUUGAUAAUUGCUCUUUCGGCGGCGCCCACACCACAAUGGGGACGAAGGUUUUUGGGAUGAAAAUUUAAUCGAGCCUAGAUUACUGCAUUAUUUUGUUCAUUUUUUUCCAAUCGGUUUAUCUGAAUUUUUAUGUCGUUUAAAAUUGUCAAGAGAUAGUAUUGAAUUGUUUUUGUUUUUAGUUCUUGUUGAUAAAUGAAUGAUUAUUACCAAGGAUCGAGAAAAAUUCUUUCUUGUACGAGAAUAAAUGAUAUUAAAUAAACGAUAAAUUUGUUACAUCA